GCAAGGUGGAAGGAAGCUUUCCUGGCCCGUUGGUGGCCCGCAGGUAGAUUUGGGGGCGAGCUGUCCUCCGUAAUAGAUAAAUAUGGAAAACAUUCGCAUCACGAAACUCGCCUGUUGUGCUCCAGCCACGACUCCACAAGACCGCUCUAAUUGUGCCACCAGAAUCUAUGCUUGUGUUGGUCGCAUUGAGCUAUUUUACCUCUUUAAUUCACUUUCCUCAAAAAUAUAAAAAGACUUGCGCGGCUUCAUCUCUCCUGUUGGAUGUGAUCGUUCCUCCAGUCCAUUUCUAAUCCAGUCGCGUUCCCAACACCUUUCUCUCAGGUCCAGAGCUCAUUGAUUUUUUUGCCGUUGAAUACUACUUCUGUGCCCGAUCCUAGAUUGAGAAAAUGAAGGAGAUCAUCUCGAGUUCCCCUCCUUGCCUUUCUGACCAGAAAGGGUACAAUCUUCAGCGCAUUUCGAAGGACGUUAUCCCGUCGUGGGGCCGGCGCAGCGAUGUCCCUCCACUUCGAAGUGCAUUGUCUCUUGCGAUAAUGCUGGCAUGUCCUGCUGCCAUUGUCUUCUGGUACGUGACACUACAGCAUUUCGACGGCUCCCUAUUGUCGGCCACGGUGGCCCUCCGAAACGAAGGGUUCAUUUAUUUUUACCGCGAAUACUGUCCGAUCCCCAAUUUGCCAACUACUCUUGUCUACGGAGCUUGGGUCCUCUUUCAAGCGCUGCUCUACAGCUUUCUCCCGGGAUCUACGCAUGAAGGACAGCCUACUCCUGCUGGAAACAUUCUCAAGUACAAAAUCAACGGGUUGUUGGCUGCCGUUGUAACUACGUUGCUAUUUGGCGCGAUUAGCCUGUGGGGUGGUACUUCUGCUUCAUCAUUUGUCGCCGCCAAUUGGGGCGCGUUUCUCGCCAUAUUUAAUAUCUACGGAUUGUUUCUCACCCUGGCUUUCUACAUUAAAGCCCACAUCUCGCCGUCCCAUCCGGAGGACAGGAAGUUCAGCGGAUCUCCGUUGUAUGAUAUAUAUAUGGGGAUUGAGCUGAAUCCGCGACUGGGCCAAUCAUGGGAUAUGAAGCUUUUUCACAACGGCCGUCCUGGUAUCAUUGGCUGGAUAUUGAUUGACAUGUCCUUCACUGCUCUCCAAUUUUGUCGACACGGAUACAUUACGAACUCAAUUCUUAUUGCGGAUAUCCUUCACCUGACUUAUAUUAUGGACUUCUUUUUCAAUGAGGACUGGUAUCUGAAAACCAUAGAUAUGGCCCAUGACCAUGUCGGAUUUUAUCUGGCUUGGGGCUCUGCAGCAUGGCUUCCUACGAUCUACACCUUACAACCCCAAUUCUUAGCAAUUAACCCAGUUUCUCUCUCCCCGAUUGCUGCAGCCACGAUUUUGACAGCUGGGUUUGGUGGAUAUGUCCUAUUUCGGUCCGCAAAUCACCAAAAACACCUCGUGCGUGAUACCCAAGGCAAAUGUUUGAUAUGGGGGAAAGCGCCAGAGUAUAUCCAAGGCGAGUAUAAAACCGCAGAUGGAUCGAGGCACAAAUCUAUUAUUCUAUGCUCUGGAUGGUGGGGAGUUGUCCGUCAUGCGAACUACCUGGGAGAUCUAAUCUUGUCCUACGCAAUGUGUGCUACCUGCGGGUUCACUCACCUGCUCCCUUGGACUUACGCCAUAUUCAUGACAACGAUUCUCGUCCACCGAUGCUAUCGAGAUGAGGAGCGAUGCGCCAAGAAGUACGGGAAGACCUGGGGUGAAUACUGCGGGAAAGUCAGAUGGAGAAUCAUCCCUGGCGUCUUUUAAGAGCUAUCCAGUCGCCGAAUAUUUUCUUUCGUUUGCUUCCUUUUCAACUCAAGCCGGAAUAAUAGCGCGAUUCGAACUUAUUUUAUUAGUAGACUCAGAUCUACCCUGUCGUUCCUAAGCGACUUUGAAGGGAUAUCGGCUGUUGGAAAGAGUAAGGGCCGCCUGAAAGACUAUGCAUGAGCGAGACAAGGUGUGGAAAACGAAAUUAAUAACUAAUGUAUCAGAAACCUCGAUGAUCAAACCUGGUCAUGAGAUCCAUAGAUACUUGAAACUAUGUAAGAAACUAGACAGAAAUCAGAAACAGAUGAAACAGCUAAUUGUGCCAUGACAACUGACAACAGAGUAAAAUACAUACCUGAAAUGGAACACUUCUCUACUUCAUAUCUCUAUCUCUAUGGUGUUUUCGUGUAACUGCAGCAAAGGUCAUCGGUCAGCCAACAUGUAGCCGACUACAAGUCCGAGGCCUAUGAGGAGAGCACUUGCCAGCGGAAGCACGCCUGCAGAGUAAUCGAAUCGCAAUGUCUCUCCCGACUGUGUUUAUCGGCGAGAGGCAGUCAUGAGAUCACGUAAUUGCGAAAUUGCAUUUCCGCAGAGGGUGAAGUUGCUGAUCACUAUUGAUUGUAGUGAUAGGAUAUAUAUAUGGCAAUGUUUGAAGUGACAGCAGACUUUAAAGCCCAGUCAAACUUCGCGCACAAGGUUAUUAUUAUCGCUCAUAGUCACAGCCACAAACAUCGACAAUAUCAUGCCGCACCUUGCGAAGCACAUAACUUGAAUGUCAGGUUC